AGUGCGGGCGGUGCCGGGGCCUGCGCAGAGAGGAGCGCCCACCUCAGCUCUCUUACUGCUCAGCUUUCCUUCCCGAGAAACAGCGUUUGAUUGCACUUGUAAAAUAGUGUGUCACUGUGGGAGCAGUUGCACCAUACCUCAUUCCACCAGGGCUCUGCUGGCCACCUCUCAGCUAAGCAACAGGAGUUGGUUUAUCUGAAACAUCCUGAACUGGAGAAAAAGUGACUGUUCAAACAGGACCAACUCUUAACCACUCCUGAGUUCUGCAGGUGGCAAUGUCUCACUGGGCCCGGCUCCUCUCCGCUGCUGCCAAAGUCAACCUGCUGGUCCUGGUACUUCCUCUGCUGCUUUCCUGGUCAAGCCUAAGUGACAGAGUUCCCGAGUUUGCCCUUACAAAAAUAGAAGAGAGCGACAUAAAAGAUGACAGUGGGACAGAGCCAAGAGGAGAGGAUGAUGCUGAUCCUGAAGACCUGGAAGUGUUUUACCCCACACACCAGUGGCAAGCCAUCCGUGCAGGUCAAGCUGUUCCUGCAGGGUCACACGUACGACUAAAUCUGCAGACAGGAGAGAGAGAAGCCAAGCUCCCAGAGAGUGAAAUUGGAAAAAGCGACACGAGAGAAGAAAGAAGAAGAAAAAGGCUGGGCAAGGUGGAUGUGGACUCAAAUUCAUUCACAUCCCAGGAGCUCAAAAAGGCAUUGGCUAAAAUGAAGGCAAGUGAGAAGGCAGAAAGCAAGGCUCGUGAGGAAGAGGUGAAGAAAAAGUUCCGGCCCAUAGAGCAGCUGAAGGAGGAGUUCGAAAAACUGAAUGUGAAGUUGGAAACAGAUUAUGAAAUUAUGGUGAAAUUAAUCAGCAAAUUCAACAGCUCUGCCUCCACGCUGGAUGAAAAAGUAGCGGCACUUUACGACCUUGAAUAUUAUGUUCACCAGGUGGACAAUGCUAAGGAUUUCCUCUCCAUGGGUGGGCUCCAGCUGGUGAUCCACGGGCUGAACAGCACCGAGGCCGUGCUGAAGGAGCACGCUGCUUUCGUCCUGGGAGCUGCCCUGUCCAGCAACCCCAAAGUGCAGAUAGAAGCAAUAGAGGGUGGUGCACUGCAGAAGCUCCUGGUGAUUCUGGCCACCGAGCAACCCCUGGCUGUCAAGAAGAAGGCUCUCUUUGCUCUCUCCUCCAUGCUGAGGCACUUCCCCUACGCCCAGCAGCAGUUCCUCAAGCUAGGUGGCCUCCAGGUCCUCAGGAGCCUCUUCAGGCAGAAGGGGAUGGACACCCUCCAUGUCCGUGUGGUGACACUGCUCUACGACCUCAUCAUGGAGAAGAUGCUCCUUGAGAACUCACAGCACGGAGAUCAAACGGAAGAGAAAAUCCAGCAGUACCAGCAAGUGAAGCUCGUCCCUGCGGUGGUGGAGCAGGACUGGUGCGUGGUUGUUUCCAACCUGCUGGCCAUGCCAGAGCAUGACACUCGGGAGAAGGUCCUCAAGAUGGUUGGUGUGCUGAUGACCUUCUGCAAGGAGCGGUACCAGGAGGACCAGGCCCUCAGCACCACUCUCAGCAUCCUGCGCAGCGAGUACGAGGAGCUGGCGGCAGAGGAGCAGCGGGAAGGAGACAGAGAUGGUUAUUUCAAGGAGCUCCUUGGCUCAGUGAAUACCAUCAUUCAGGAAUUAAGAUGAAAACAGCUGUAGAUGGAGUUCAUUUCCAGCUAGCUCAGGGCAGCAGCGUGAGUGUUGAUGGCACCAAUGUAAAUGCCCCUUUGAAUAAAUUGCUGGACCUAAAUGAGCUCCCACCACUGGGCGAGUGUGCCACCAGCUUCGUUAGCUAAACACACGUGCUGGGGACAUGUCAUCUUGUGCAUGGGGUGCUGCUGGAGAAAGGUAUGUACCUGAGGGGGA